CACAUUUCAGCCGCCCGACUGUAUUCGUCGACGUUGAAGGAUCACCAACGACACCGUCCGCCACCUACACGUAUCCCUCCCUCGGCAACAGGUGCAUACGUCGACCAAAAUGUCUGAACACGGCGAAGUCGAGGUCGAAAACCCCGCUGCGGCCUUCCAGGUCCUGCCCAAGGAGGCUAUCGCGGAGAUGGGAUCCGUGAAGCUGUUCAACAAGUGGAGCUACGAGGAUGUUGAGAUCAGGGACAUCUCCUUGACCGACUACGUCCAGAUCCGCUCCCCUGUCUACCUUCCUCACUCCGCUGGCCGCUAUGCUGCCAAGCGUUUCCGCAAGGCUCAGUGCCCCAUCAUCGAGCGCCUGACCAACUCCCUCAUGAUGAACGGCCGCAACAACGGAAAGAAGCUCAUGGCUGUCCGCAUCGUUGCCCACGCCUUCGAGAUCAUCCACAUCAUGACCGACCAGAACCCUCUCCAGGUCGCCGUUGACGCUAUCGUCAACUGCGGUCCUCGCGAAGACAGCACCCGUAUCGGUUCCGCUGGUACCGUCCGUCGUCAGGCCGUCGAUGUGUCUCCCCUCCGCCGUGUCAACCAGGCUAUUGCCCUCUUGACCAUCGGUGCUCGCGAGGCCUCUUUCCGUAACAUCAAGAGCAUUGCUGAGUGCCUGGCUGAAGAGCUCAUCAACGCCGCCAAGGGUUCCUCCAACUCCUACGCCAUCAAGAAGAAGGACGAGCUCGAGCGUGUUGCCAAGUCCAACCGGUAAAGUGGGAAUUUUGGGCGUAUUCUCCGUUUGGUCCUGGUUUUGCGUGUAC